UGCAUUGAUUCGACCGCGUAUCAUUAUCAUAGCGAGUUUGUUGCACUACGACCCUUGCUAUUCGUCUAUUGAAAAAUACGGAUUUAAGUGUAAGAAGUACCGCGUUGUCCACAAGAUUCAUGUAACUUCAUUCCCACCACUAUUCUAAGCGAUAUCUCUGUCGUAUCGCCGGCGAGAUGUCAGAGGUUUCAUUAGCCGUUUGGGAACUGACGAGCGUGCGUCAUAAGUGCGCGAAAGACUAAUAAAAAAAUAAAAUGUUCCGUGUGACCAGAAUUGCGGGGCAACCUGACGUGAGAGUUUUUCAAUUCAACAACGAGCUUCGCAGAUUAUGCAGUGUUGAACAUUUAAAAUCAAAGAAUCUGGUACCCUUUUCGACGAACAAGUGCUACUGUUUAAAGUACGCUCGCAACCUUAGCUCGGCCAGACAUUUAUCGUUUAAAAUACAUGAACGUUCUUUAUUCGGAUCGAGUUCUCAUCUUUUUGUCAAUAAAAAUCUUUCACCAGGGCACGAGAUUAACAAACGCGCUAAUUGCACGAGGCUGCUGUGCACCUGCAACGCCUAUCUCAUCAACAAGUCGUUUUCGACGAAAAGUGAACCACGAAAAACCUGUCUCUACGAUCUACAUGUUGACUAUCAUGGAAAAUUGGUCGAUUUUGCAGGAUGGCUUCUUCCUGUUCAAUAUAGAGAAGCAAUUGCGAUUUCCCACCAGCACACGAGAACGGCCGCGUCUCUCUUCGACGUUGGACACAUGUUGCAGACUCGUGUAUCGGGCAGACACGCUAGUGAAUUUUUGGAAUCGUUAACACCGAGCGAUCUUAAAAAUCUGCCCAUCGGAAAAGCGGCUUUGACUGUUUUUACGAACGACAAAGGAGGUAUACUUGAUGAUCUCAUUAUAACCAAGGAUGGCGAAGACAAAUUCUUCGUUGUUUCGAACGCGGGAAGACGCAACGAAGAUAGCGAGCUUCUUCUGGAACAACAGAAAAGAUUCAUUUCUCACGGCAAAAAAGUUUCCUUGGAAUUCCUCGACCCGCUAGAUCACGGACUCGUCGCCCUCCAAGGGCCGAAGGCAAGCAAAGCUCUUCAAAGUUUCACGACGAUAAAUCUAAGCGACCUGAAGUUCAUGCAAAGCGUGAAAACUGAUUUUUUUGGAAACCAAAUCAGAAUAUCACGAUGCGGUUACACGGGGGAAGAUGGUUUCGAAAUAUCGUUACCUCAAACGAUAGCAAGGCAAUUUGUCGAGGCGAUACUCAGUGCCGGGGACGUCAAAUUAGCUGGUUUAGGAGCGAGAGAUAGCUUAAGAUUGGAAGCCGGCCUUUGUCUUUACGGACACGACAUAGACGAGACAACAACACCGGUGGAAGCUGACUUAACGUGGGUGGUCGCGAAACGCCGAAGGGCUGAGAAGAACUUUCCUGGGGCAGAGAAGAUAUUGCUCCAAAUCACAACAAAGCCGUCACGUAAGCGCGUCGGGCUUCUCGUAGGACAAGGACCCCCUGCGAGAGCAGGAGCUGCAGUUUUAACACCCGAGGGUGAGUCCGUUGGAAGAGUGACUUCUGGAGGGCCAAGUCCUACCCUCGGUCGACACAUUGCCAUGGGCUACCUACCUUUGAACCUAUGUCACUCAGGAUCUGGCGUCCUCGUAGAGAUUAGGGGAAAAACCUACAAAGCUUCGGUCUCAAAAAUGCCCUUCGUUAAGACGAAUUAUUACACAGGCAAAGCGAGCGCCGGCUUUUGAGAUUCAUUGUUGGAGCACGGUGUGAAAAU